AUCCAGAGGGAGUGUUUUGCCAAAGUUCCGGUUUUCCAUUAAAUGCUAGUUAAUAAUCAUUAUUUUAAGGGAAGAAUGGAAAACUUUAACUAAAAGACUUCUAAGCCGAUAAUCUAAUCAACCGUUAGAAAAUCUUAAAAUUUAGCCAUCACGAACAAGCAAAAUGGAGAGGAGAUUAAGAAAAGAGUUGACAAACCUUAUAAAAGAUCCCCCAGAUGGUAUUGUUGUUGACCCGGACAAAAUUUCUCAAAAUAUUACGGAAUGGACUGUUGAUGUGAAGGGAGCUGAGGGUACAUUGUAUCAAGGAGAGAAAUUCACACUACAGUUCAAAUUCGGCAGUAAAUAUCCAUUUGAUUCUCCACAAGUCAUGUUUGUAGGAAAACACGUUCCUGAACAUCCUCACAUAUACAGUAACGGUCACAUAUGUUUGUCAAUUUUAUCUGAUGAUUGGUCACCAGCGCUAUCGGUUCAAUCUAUCUGCUUAUCGAUUUUAAGUAUGCUGAGUAGCUGUUCGGAAAAGAAAAGACCACCAGAUGAUAUGUUCUACGUUAGAACAGCUAGUAAGAAUCCAAAAAGAACGCAAUGGCUCUUUCACGAUGAUACUGUUUGAGCAGACUAUAUUGAUUGUGGCUUAGGAGUAAUUGGCCGAUUUUAUAUGUAGUACCUAAUAAUUGUUCUUAUGUGCUUGUACUGCAUUAUGAAAUCAUUGAAAGUCCUCUAAAUACGGUUAUGAUUUAUAUAUUUUCUUGUUUAUUUUUUUCGACCAAAAAAUUUAUAUAUUUAAUAGAAAAGAAGCGGAAAAUCUUUGAGAUUCCGUGAUCCUAUAUCGAUCUUAGUUUUAGACAAAUGACGAUUUGUACCAGAUAAGGAUAAUCCCUUAGAGCAAUGUGUUUCCAAUCUAGCUUUGCUCUAUAUCAGGAAACUUGGAAUAAAAUAAAGAACCAAAAAUUUUGUUAAGUAAAAAAAAAAGAAGCUUUCUCGGACAGAACAGAAUAUUUUUUGUGUCUUUUUUUAUUAGUUUCAUUAUUUUUCUUAGAAUUACAAAGUGCACUUGAAAAUGUUGAAAAAAAUUUCAUUUUAAUUAUAAAGUAUGUUCAAAUCUCCUUCCAUAAACGUAUUAUUAAAUGUUAAUUUUCUAUAUUUACAAUUUCUCUCUAUUUAUCUAUCUAUCCUUUACUGUUUCUGUAACUGCCUCUUCUUUUUUUAUCUAAUUUAAUUUAAGUAAAUUAUUGUAUUAGUUGUUUAUCGUACUAUACAAAGGCAGUUGCCAUUUUUAAUUAUUAAAAAAUUGAAUUAUUUGGUUACGUAGUUAGUAUUUUAAUGUCUAGAGCUUCAACUUUGAUGUAUGAUAAUUGUUCUUUUUUUUUCUUGCUGUUUUCAAAAUUGCAUCAAAUCACUAUUUUUAGAUGAAAAAAAAAAAGAAACGAAGAAUUUUUACCAACUUUGUCGUCAUUGUAGCCCUUUUAACAGUCUACAAAUCUUGUUUAAAAGAAUCUACAAGUGUUGUAAUUAAAAGAACAGUGAAGGAGAUUGAUAUUUUAAUUCAAGAAGAAAAAGGGAAUUGAAUUGUUUGAAACAGAAUUUUAUAUUUAGCAAAACAAAUGAAAGCAAACUAUUUAGUGAAUUUUUUCAAAAAUUUUACAAA